CUCGUGUGACAAGACUCCAGUAGCGCGCGCAACGCCACGCAAGCAGACAUGCAGAGCCACCAGGUCGCGAUCUCGCUCACGUCCUCGUGCUCUUCUUCGUCGUCGUCUUCUUCGUCUUCGUCGGCCGACGACGCCAACGCGGCCGCCCCCGGGGGCGGGGGUGGGGGCGGGGGCCGCCUCCGAGGCGCCCGCCUGCUGCGCGCCAUCAGCCGCCGCCAGGCCAGGGAGGCGGAGCAGGCGUUCCGCUCCUCGUCCACAGACUCCGACAGCCUCAGCUGUUCCUCCGGGGACGACUCCCCCAGCGACAAGGACCCCGCCAGACACAGCAACGGGUACCGCAGCACGAGUUGCAGCAGCCUGCACCGGGCGCAGCACGGCGGCAGCAGCAGCAACAGCAGCAGCAGCGGCGGCAGCAGCAACAGCAGCGGCAGCGACAGCGGCAGCGGCAGCGGGGGCGGGGGAAUGGGAAGCAGGGCGGCGGCGGUGGCACGCGCCUUCCAGUCGCUCGGGCUGGCCGCUCGCAGCCGCAGCGCCUCCUCCUCGCCUUCCAACCCGCCGGCAAGCAGCGGCAAGAAGCGCUCCAAGCCGCAGCAGAGCAUCCUGCGGCCCCCGGUGCUGCACGCCUACGUGCGCGGCAUCUCCGGCCUGCCCACGCAGCGCGUGCCACGCUCCUACCACGCGCACUGCGCCGCCUACAACACGGCGUCCGUCUGCUGCCGCAACGCCUGAGCACCGCGCUCUGUCCUCUAGCUCGGAGGAACCGCCGCGCGCCCGCCAGUGCUGCCAACGCCGGAAAAAAAAAACUCUCACCCGGGGGAACGGCCAGGAACUACCAACCCCCCGCAAGUUGUUGGUUUUGCGAACUGAACUCUCUCUUUGCGUCCGUUUUCAAAAGCGUAUCAACUCGCCCACCAGGACCGCAAAGUUACCGUUCGUCGUGCAAAAAAAAAAACCAAAAUCAAAAACAAAACAAAAAAUAUAUGAACUUGUCAAAAUGAUUAUCUCAGUAGUUUUCGUAGGCAAGUAAUUUUUUUAAAAAAAAAUAUCAAAACCGUUGUUACUUUUUUAGAAAGUAAAAAACCAACGCUAGUAACGUAUGAAAUAUAUAUAAGUAUAUAUAUGUACACAAAUUAUAUUUUUGUAAGCAACUUUUUC